UCCUCAGAGCACUGGGAUGCCCGUCCUCUUGUCUCUCCUCUCACUCUGAUCUCAGCCCCGACCCUUAGUAGAGCAUCUUCACACACAAGUCCUUCUUAUCUUAACUUCGGCAACCAUCAUCCUGCUCCAUCCCUCACCAAACAGACCCCCCUCCUAUCUGAGGAGGCAGGCAGUUUUUCCAAAGGCAGAUUAAGUCUCCCACAUCUCUCCUCAAAGCACCAGAGACAUGAAAGGGUAGAGGCAGCACCAGAGGGCUAUGAUAAUUCACCACAAUCCACAGUCUUAGAAAUGCAAACGAAUGAUUCAUGCUCUGAGGCACGGAGACAGAACAAUCUUAGUCAUGGCGGCCUGACAACGUUGUCUUUCCAUAGCAGUAAAUAUACUGAAAGAUCUAAUUCGGCUCUCGACUUGGUGCCAGACUCUUCAAAAGCGGAGGUUGCAUUCCCCGAGCCCACUGCUGAAGACGUGUGUGUGGAGAUGAGUGUGGAUGAGCCAGAGUUGGAGGUGUGUGUGAUGCGGCCUACAAAGCCCAUGCUGCACCACAGAAUCGCCUCCCAUGUGCAACGAGGGCACUCGCUGACUCGCAGAGGUCAGCAUGAAGACGUGAGUAGGAGCACAAGCCUUAACUGCCGCAGUCCUGCCUCUGUGGAUGAUAUUAUAACAGUUCAAGCUUCUCUGCGAAGUCCAGAACCAGAACUCCGGAGAGCUGUGACUCAAAGGUCUAGACUCUGCGACUCUAAGCAGCGAAGUCAGAGUCUUGACUCGCGGAGACGCAAAGAGAACAGCUUCCUGACUCCUGAUGCGUGGAUAGACUCUCUCAGUCAAGAGAACUGCUCUGUUGCGUCCUCAUGUCGCCCAGACACUCUGUUUUGGGAACCCCAGAGCUCUCCCACUAGGAAGAUCUCCAAAUCUCGUGCAAAUUCUCCUUCUGCUACCCAAGCUGCCUCCCGGUCACCUCCUGCUGUGGAUGCUUUAUCUCUGAGGAGCAGAGCAGAGAAGCUUGUACCAAAUGCUGACAUGUCUUGCCACUAUGAGCCAACAAGAGAGGCGUCAGUCUUUCCCAGAGCUGCCAAAUGGCCAAUUGACUACAGGGAGGCUGUAAAAGAAGCAGAGGGUGCCUUGGAGGCCAUGAAGGAAGCUUCCAGAUGCGUACCACCCAACGAUAAUUACCAAGAGGCAUUAGAGGUGGAGGCGGGGGGCUAUGAGGGAGUGCCAGAGUUUGGGAGCAGCUACAGCAGUUAUGCCAGCAGCGGGCGAGGCAGCAUGGAGCCUGCUAACGGACGCCUGUCGCUGUGUCACCUGUCCCCAACCUUCACCGGCUCACCUGAAACUGUAGAGGAGAGCCAGGGGAGCAGAGAGGACAAGCUCAGUCACAUGAUGGAAGCAAGCCAAAGGAUGUUUUGUGACCUCUCCAGGAGAAAGGCCUCAGUUGAUGAGAAUUAUGAGUGGGAUGCUGCUGAUUUCUGCUCACAGCCUGGAGACCAUGCUGGUUUGCUUCCUCCGUCGAAUCUACUGAAGUCUGCGCCGUGCUGUAGUCUUCCCACAAUGCAGUGCUCCACUAAGGCACAGAAAAAUUGCCAUCAGCUCUCUCUGCUCCUGGGGCAUCAAAGCAGCUGCUCUGCUGAGCCAGAACCAGACACCGUGCUGUUCUGACAGCGCCAGCCUUCGGCUCAUCUCACCUGGUGUGUCCUUUCACUUAUUGACUCACAUCACAAGGUGGCAAAAAGUGCAUGUGGCAGAAAGUGAGCCUUUGUCUGAUCGAUCUUAUUCCCUUUUACUGACAAAAAAAAAUGUCCUUUAAGUACAGAAUCGCUUUUAGGGAGGUUUUCUGCUUGGACUGUUUGUUCAGCUUCACUUGGAAAAUAAUGGUUUUCAACAAACCAGGUCUCAGUGAAAAUAAUAAAGACACAAAAUCACCUUUACCCUUA